AUGUGCGGUGUUGAAGGUUGCCAAAGAAGACACCACCCUUUACUGCAUUCGUCCGAAAAGGAAGUCAAACCUCCCCAAGCAGAUCCUGGUGCAGAAUCCAGUUUAGCUCCUGAGAACAACCGGUCUACGCAAGAUAUGCAAUCUGGCGGAUAUAAUGUAUCGGGUGUUGGUGCAACAAAUUCCUCGUCUCGCAGCUAUCGUAUUGGCCUUCAAGUUGUUCCUGUCAGGGUUAGUGCACCUUACGGUAAUCACAUUAUUGAAACUUAUGCGUUUUUGGACAGUGGAUCAAACACGACUAUGUGUUUGUCCAGCUUAGCUGAAGAUCUUGGUGCUGAUUGUACGUUGAGUUUACCUUAUCAAGAAACCAGAAACGAAAUGGCCAACAAUUGUCUCUCGAUGUUGUCGGAGUAGCCACUGGAAAGGGUGUUAGAUUAAAUAAAGUGUGGACAACCGAUAGUUUACCAGUGCCCCAGAGAGCAUUCCAACGACUAGUGACGUGCAAGAUUGGUAUUAUCUUAAGGACGUUGACAUUAGUGAUUUAGUGGAUAAGAAGGUAACCAUUCUGAUUGGAAGUGACGUCCUGGAAGCUCUUUGUCCUCUUGAAGUACGUGCGUGGAAGAAGAACCAACCUCAUGCAAUAAGAACAAUUUUAGGUUGGACGGUGAUGGGAAACAGUUACCAGGAAGCCCAGUUGAACUGUAUCUAUGUUGAUCAAGCGCUCGGUUGCAAAGAAGACAUGAAGGGGAAAGUUCUAUUCACGAGCAAUUAGAAAGUCUAUACAACUCUGAGUUUAGUGAAUCGACAGUCGACCUGAAGGAAUGUCUUUCGAACGAGGACCGUCGUGCGAAGGCGAUGAUGGACAUUUCCAUUAAACUUAAAGAUGGGCACUACGAGAUUGGCUUUCCGUGGAAGUAUAGCGAACCAAACUUACCGAAUGAUCAAUCAAUCAAUCAAUCAAUUUUUAUUUAAAAUCAAAACACGCUAGCCUCGCACAACUAAAAGCUGAUUUACAAGAGGGGCGUGAUAUAUAAAACAGUAGAAUAUAUGGAAUAUUAUAUUAACCCCCCAACCUCCACCCAACAACAAAUUGAGAAAAAUAAAGUCAAGUAAAGUAAAUAAAGAGAGUUAACUAUAAUUAAGUCAACAUGAAAUAAGUGCAAGACAUUGCACUUAUUUCAGUGGCAGAAAAGAGACUGGGCUAUUUGAAGAAAUAACUUGAGAGAGAUCCUACUCUUCAUGCUAAAUAUAAGGCGCCAAUGGAGGAAUACAUCUCGGAGGGACAUGUCAAGAGAGUUAAACCGAAUGAAGGAGAUAAUCCGGAUGGUUUAUCACCUAAGAAACCGAUCUGGUACUUACCCCAUCACCCUGUGACCCAUCCACAAAAGCCAGAGAAGGUGAGGAUUGUUUUCGACUGUGCUGCAAAGUACCACAAUACAUCCCUCAACGAUCACCUACUUCAAGGAUCCGACUUUACAAAUUCGUUAGUUGGCGUGUUGCUGCGAUUCCGUCAGGAAAGAGUAGCCGUGAUGGCUGCCAUAGAGAAGAUGUUUCAUCAAGUCAAUGUCAAGGAACAAGACCGUGAAGCGCUGUGGUGGCCAGAUGGAGAACUGUCGAAAGAACCAGUUGAACACCAAAUGACCGUUCAUUUGUUCGGAGCAACAUCUUCGCGUUGUCCGUAUGCAUUAAAGAAGACCGCCGAGGAUAAUAAGCAGGGCUUCAGUAAGCAAGUCAUUGACACGGUGAAUCGUGACUUUUAUGUAGACAAUUGCUUGAAAUCGUUACCAACGAAAGAAGAAGCUGUCAAUUUAGUGGAAGAGCUCCCGGUAUUAUUAUCUCGCGGCGGUUCCGACUGACCAAAUGGUUGUCGAAUGAAAGGGAAGUAUUAUCCCACGUGCCAGAUAACGAAAGAGUGCCAUGCGUCAGUUUGCAAUUGGAAUAUUUACCAAAAGAUAAAGCGUUGGGUGUUCAAUGAAACACAGAAACGGACAACCUAGGAUUUCGUAAUGGAAACCUCGGAGCAGAAACCAGAAGAGGAAUUUUAUCCUUCGUCGCGUCUGUUUAUGAUCCACUUGGUUUAGUUGCUCCUGUUGUUUUGCCAGCGAAGCGUAUGUUACAGGAACUUUGUCGAAGUAGUCGUGGAUGGGACGAAGAACUUCCGAAAGAGAUCAGCACGGAAUGGCAAACCUGGCAGUACGAGUCCCAGUCGCUUACAACAACCGAAAUUCCAAGAUGUUACAAACCUUCAGGAUUCAAAGAAAUAAAGAGUGCGGAGCUUCACAACUUUGCUGACGCGUCGACCGGUGGAUAUGGUACAGCGUCAUACCUUCGCUUAGAAGACACGUGUGGAAAGAUUCAUUGUAGCUUGGUUAUGGGUAAAGCUAGAGUGGCACCCCUGAAAACAGUCACGGUGCCGAGACUGGAACUGACCGCCGCAACCCUAGCUGUGAAAGUAGAUAAACAGAUUCGCGAAGAACUAGAUAUACCCAUUGAUCGUGUUAUUUUUUGGACGGACCCCACCAUAGUACUUCGCUACAUCGCUAACACGUCGAAAAAGUUUCAAACCUUCGUGGAAAACCGACUUCAGACCAUCCCAUAGAAAUAGUAGACCUAGAAUGCGUGCUUGAUCACGUGACCGGUGUCCAAAUUGAAAAAAAAAAUUCCCUUAUAAAUCCGCCAUGUUGAAUUUGAGCAGGAAUGCAAACUACAAAGUAUAAAACAAAGCUAAAAUUAAGUUUUCAUUGUCAAAACGUUUUGUCUUGCUGUCUAAUUUGUAGUUGGGGAUGUAUUUUGAAAUAUUAAGAGGCUGUCUCCCUAAGAUCCACCUACUGACUCUCGCGUUGAAAAUUAUUUUCCCUUCGUAUUUCUAUCAUUUGUUAGCCUUUGUUAGUAGGUAAUAAAUAUGCAUACAUCUUUUGGAUUCUUGUUUUAUUUUUCAAGUUUUGCUAUAUUUUCUAUUUUGUGUCUGCCAUGGCUAUUUUUAGACAGUUUCAGACGUAAAAUUAUCCAUUUUCAAAGGAACUUCAGAUAUGUGUACGACAUAAUUUGAUUUUGAUUUUUGGGUCAUCCGAAAGAUUUACAUCUAUACAACAACUUGACGGCAAUGAUUUGUAUAUAUUACAGGAAUUUUGUUGUUUUUUUAAAUUUUUUCUAACGCCAAUUUCGACUUGUCGGCAAAAUUGCGAAAAUAACCAUCUUUCAAUUUUGUUUUUUUCAAAAGUGCAACCAGUUAUACACCCAGACUAAACUGGAAAUUAUACUACAAAUAUUGUUCUAUAAUUCUAUGAAAAAACUUUUUUGGGGAAACAAACUGGUGCGCUCUGAAUUUAAAUGAAAUAUUUGCAAAUUUGACGUGGCAUUAACUACACUCGGGAAUUAUCAUCUCAGUAUGACAUUGAACAAACAACUGAUAUAAUAUAUUUAAGACAUUUGAUCACGUCUAUUUGACAUUUACAAAGAAAAAGAACAAUAUUUCACGCAUGCUGUUUGUUUUCGCUAGCAUACUUUUGAAAUAGAUAAAAACAAGCGUGUUCCUUGGUAUAAGGCCAAUGAAAAUUGAUAUCAUGUUUCUCGUCCACAAUUUUCAAAAAUUUGGAGCGGGAUUUUUUCAUUUUUCAUUUUUCAUUAGUUUUUGUAUUUGAAUUCUGCUUGUCAAUAAUUUCCUUGACCCAGUAAAAAACCCCAUAAAAAUCUGCAAUAUUAAAAAUUGGUGUAUAAUUCAUUUUAAUUUAAUACGUCCUACACUACAGUCUACAGUCUACAGACUACAGUAUAUUUCUACACAUACCAGCGCUGACAUGAAAAAUAGAGGCAUUCUGGCGAGUAAUAUCUUUAGAAAGAUACAAUUUGAGUUGCGCUUGCGGAAUGCAGCAAUAAGACUUUGAUCUGGAGAUGAAUUUGGUGUUUUUAAGCCUAUUUUUCAAAAAUAAUGAAUAAUGAAAAAUUUUCGUGCGGCAGAUAAAUCCCAUGCGGGCGGGGACGAGAAACAUGAUAUCAAUUUUCAUUGGCCUAAUAUUUCAAUCACAAAAAUCGUCAAUUAAGGGUUUUCUAUAUAUUCAUCCAGUUUUAUCAAAUAUUUAUUGCUGUAGUAUCAGCAUAAGGAUGCAAUCACUCUUGUGAACAUAAAAUAACAUUCAAAAAUUGACGGGGGCAAAAAAUAAGAAACAAACAGCUAAUAGUAAAGCGGGUUUUCCCCCAAGGUAGCUAUUCAAUGUGCUGUGCUAUUUUUAGACUGAAUCAUGUUCAUUACAUCAUUCUCGUUUUAGAAACGCGUGUUUAAUAAAUAUAACGUACAUGCACUGAAUUCAACUUAAACUAUUACUUUAAAACUGUCAUGGACUGUGUUAAUUAAUAUGCUUGAAUGUUCAGAUGAUGUGAGCACUCACUUGUCGAGAUGUCAUCUGUCAAGAGAAAAACUUUGCGAAUAUGAGCUUAUUUUAUUGCUUUGCGGCAUGUUUGAUAUUUCUCAUGAUCAACUGCAACAUAUGAGAAUUUGUCCCAACCAUCGGUAUAAUUUGGGAAAAUUCUGGCGUCCAUCACGUGUUUGCCAAUACCCACUCCAUACUGGUUCAAACUCUGCCGUUACGGGGAAUCACGUCAUAACACUACAGCUUACCAAAGACGCACAUUUACUCUUUGGGAAAACAGUGCCUAUCGGAUCUCGUAAGUACUUAUUCUUAUCUUGGAAUCGUUUCCUUGAUUUUUUCUUCGACAGUACGGCAUGGACCUUUCUCUAUUUUUAGCAAUAUGCCGAGAAUGUAGAGGAAAGCGUGACAAAAAAAUGAGAAAAGAAGGUGAAUGGGUCAGAUUGAAGGCUGAUACUGAAUCUGUCAAUGAUAUUACGGACAAGUAA